AUGACGAGCACUGACCACCAGGGGGCAGACGCUCAAUGCGGGAGCUGCCCCCUGGUGGUCAGAGUGCUCCCUGCUCCGCCCCGCCCUAACCACGCCUUCCGGAUUGGUCCCCGUCCCGCCCAUCGUUCCCGCCCCGGCCACGCCUUCCGGAUUGGUCCCCGCCCCGCCCCGCCCAUCGUCCCCGCACCCGCCCUGGCCACGCCUUCCGGAUUGGUCCCCCGCCUCGGCCACGCCCCCUUGCGUCACGCGGCCCAGCUACGCCUUCCCAGCUUGUUUCCGGUUUGA